CCUCCCCAGGAGAGCGUUCAGGAGAAGCUUCGCCUGACGCGCGCGUUCCUUCGUGCCGACGUGCAGCGCCGCCUGAGCGCCCUCGAUGCCGAGCUGCGCUGCCAGGAGCUGUCCGAGGAGCGUUACCUGGCCAAGGUGAAAGCCCUCCUGCGCCGGGAGCUCGCGGCAGAGAAUGGCGACGCGGCCACUUUGUUCCGCCGCGCGUCCAAUGGCUGCGCCAGGAACAGCGAGGAGGAGUGGGAGCAAGGCGGGGGGGGGGAGGACGGAGCCAUGGAGGUGGAGGAAGCAGCCGCCUCCUCCUCCUCCUCCUCCUCUUCCUCCUCUUCUUCCUGCUCUUCCUCCUCCUCCUCCUCUUCCUCUUCGCUGCUCCCGGCGCCGCGGGCUCGCAAAGCGCGGCGGAGCCGAUCCAACGGGGAGAGCAAAAAAUCUCCUGCCAGUUCCCGCAUCACCCGCAGCUCCGGCCGGCAGCCCAGCAUCCUGAGCGUGUUUUCUAAAGGGUCCACCAAAAGGAAAUCGGAGGAGGUGAAUGGGGCCGUGAAGCCGGAGGUGAGCGCCGAGAGGGACGAGGAGGAGGAGGAGGAGCUGGAGGAGAAGGAGCAAGACGAGAAGAGGAUUAAAAUCGAAACCAAAGAAGGAUCUGAGAUAAAGGAUGAAAUUACUCAGGUUAAAACCUCAACACCCGCCAAAACCACCCCUCCCAAAUGCGUCGACUGCCGGCAGUACCUCGACGACCCCGACCUCAAAUUCUUCCAAGGGGACCCCGACGAUGCGCUGGAGGAGCCCGAAAUGCUGACGGAUGAGCGCCUGUCCAUCUUCGACGCCAACGAGGACGGCUUUGAGAGCUACGAGGACCUCCCUCAGCACAAGGUCACCUCCUUCAGCGUCUACGACAAACGCGGCCAUCUGUGCCCCUUCGACACCGGGCUGAUCGAGCGCAACAUCGAGCUGUAUUUCAGCGGGGCUGUGAAGCCCAUCUACGACGACAACCCGUGUUUGGAUGGUGGGGUGAGGGCCAAAAAGUUGGGGCCCAUCAACGCGUGGUGGAUCACGGGCUUCGACGGAGGGGAGAAGGCGCUCAUUGGGUUCACCACAGCCUUCGCCGAUUACAUCCUGAUGGAGCCCAGCGAGGAAUACGCGCCCAUCUUCGCCCUGAUGCAGGAGAAGAUCUACAUGAGCAAAAUCGUCGUCGAGUUCCUGCAGAACAACCGCGACGUCAGCUACGAGGACCUCCUCAACAAGAUCGAGACCACCGUCCCUCCCGUGGGGCUGAACUUCAACCGCUUCACAGAGGAUUCGCUCCUGCGGCACGCGCAGUUCGUGGUGGAGCAGGUGGAGAGCUACGACGAAGCUGGAGACAGCGAUGAGCCCCCCGUCCUCAUCACCCCCUGCAUGAGGGACCUCAUCAAGUUGGCCGGGGUCACCCUGGGGAAGAGGCGUGCUGUGCGGCGCCAGGCCAUCCGUCACCCCACCAGGAUCGACAAGGACAAAGGCCCCACCAAGGCCACCACCACCAAGCUGGUGUACCUCAUCUUCGACACCUUCUUCUCGGAGCAGAUCGAGAAGGACGAGAGGGAGGACGAUAAGGAGAACGCCACGAAGCGCCGGCGCUGCGGCGUCUGCGAGGUACGGCGGCGUGGGGGACAGAAGGGGUUGGAAGGGUCCUUCAAGGUCAAAGAACCGUGGGUUGGUUGGAAGGGUCCUUCAAGGUCAGAGAACCGUGGGUUGGGUUGGAAGGGUCCUUCAAGGUCAGAGAACCAUGGGUUGGGUUGGAAGGGUCUUUCAAGGUCAAAGAACCGUGGGUUGGUUGGAAGGGUCCUUCAAGGUCAAAGAACCGUGGGUUGGGUUGACUUGGGUAGGUUUGAGUUGGAACCGCAGCCCUGUCCCCGUAGGGUGACAGCCAUGUGGGAGGACAGCAGCGGGCAGAUGUUCCACGCCCAUUGGUUCUGCCCCGGUUCCGACACCGUCCUGGGGGCCACCUCGGAUCCUCUGGAGCUUUUCUUGGUGGACGAAUGCGAGGACAUGCAGCUGUCCUACAUCCACGGCAAAGUCACCGUCGUCUACAAACCGCCAUCGGAGAACUGGGCCAUGGAGGGUGGGUUGGACAUGGAGAUCAAGAUGGUGGAGGACGACGGGAGGACGUACUUCUACCAGAUGUGGUACGACCAGGAGUACGCGCGCUUCGAGACGCCGCCCCGAGUUCGGCCAACGGAGGACAACAAGUACAAGUUCUGCAUGAGCUGUGCCCGGCUGGACGAGGUGAGGCACAAAGAGAUCCCCAAAGUGGCCGAACCCCUGGAGGAAGGUGAUGGGAAGAUGUUCUACGCCAUGGCCACCAAGAACGGGGUGCAGUACCGCGUCGGUGACGGCGUCUACCUCCUGCCCGAGGCCUUCUCCUUCAGCAUGAAGCCCGCCAGCCCGGCCAAGCGCCCCAAAAAAGAGGCUGUGGAUGAAGAUUUGCACCCUGAGCACUACCGGAAGUACUCGGAGUACAUCAAGGGCAGCAACCUGGAUGCCCCCGACCCUUUUCGCGUGGGACGCAUCAAGGAGAUCUUCUGCCACAUCCGGAGCAACGGGAAACCCAACGAGGCCGACAUCAAACUGCGCAUCUGGAAGUUCUACCGCCCCGAAAACACGCACAAAUCCAUGAAGGCCACCUACCACGCCGACAUCAACCUCCUCUACUGGAGCGACGAGGAGACGACGGUGGACUUCCGCGCCGUGCAGGGCCGCUGCACCGUGGUGUACGGCGAGGACCUGACCGAGAGCAUCCAGGAUUACUCGGCCGGAGGGCUCGACAGGUUCUAUUUCCUGGAGGCGUACAACGCGAAGACGAAGAGCUUCGAGGAUCCGCCCAACCAUGCGCGGAGCUCCGGGAAUAAAGGGAAGGGGAAGGGGAAGGGCAAAGGGAAAGGCAAAGGGAAAUCGUCGUCCUCCUGCGAGCAGAGCGAACCCGAACCCGUCGAGCUGAAGCUGCCCAAGCUGCGCACCCUGGACGUGUUCUCCGGCUGCGGGGGGCUCUCGGAGGGCUUCCACCAGGCAGGCGUAUCGGAGACGCUGUGGGCCAUCGAGAUGUGGGAGCCGGCGGCGCAGGCGUUCCGCCUCAACAACCCCGGCACCACGGUGUUCACGGAGGACUGCAACGUUCUGCUCAAGUUGGUGAUGUCCGGCGAGAAAACCAACUCCCUGGGGCAGAAACUGCCUCAGAAGGGGGACGUGGAGAUGCUCUGCGGAGGACCCCCGUGCCAGGGCUUCAGCGGCAUGAACCGCUUCAACUCCCGCACCUACUCCAAGUUCAAGAACUCCCUGGUGGUCUCCUUCCUCAGCUACUGCGAUUAUUACCGCCCGCGCUUCUUCCUCCUGGAGAACGUCCGCAAUUUCGUCUCCUUCAAACGUUCCAUGGUGCUGAAGCUGACGCUGCGCUGCCUCGUCCGCAUGGGCUACCAGUGCACCUUCGGGGUCCUGCAGGCGGGGCAGUACGGCGUGGCGCAGACGCGGCGCAGAGCCAUCGUUCUGGCGGCGGCGCCCGGAGAGAAGCUGCCGAUGUUCCCCGAGCCGCUGCACGUCUUCGCGCCGCGCGCCUGCCAGCUCAGCGUGGUGGUGGACGACAAGAAGUUCGUCAGCAACAUCACGCGACCCAUAGAUGGGAAUGGGAACGCCAUAUUGGGAGCCCCAGACCCACAGAUUGGAAGAGGGGACGCCACCCACAGAUGGAAUGGGGACACCAUGUUGGGACCCCCAGACCCCCAGAUAGGAAUGAGGGACGCCAUGUUGGGACCCCCAGACCCCCAGAUAGGAAUGAGGGAUGCCAUAUUGGGACCCCCAGACCCCCAGAUAGGAAGGGGGGACGCCAUGUUGGGACCCCCAGCCCCCCAGACGGGACCGUGGCCGCGACGUCCCCCCACGUGUGCGUGCCGUGGGGUGAUGUGGGGCUGGCUGCGGCAGGACAUGAGCGCUUUGGUGGCGGCGCGGAUGCGGCACAUCCCGCUGGCGCCGGGCUCGGAUUGGCGCGACCUCCCCAACAUCGAGGUGAGGCUGUCGGACGGGACCAGCACCCGCAAGCUGCGCUACACCCACCACGAGAAGAAGAACGGCCGCAGCUCCUCCGGCGCUCUGCGCGGCGUCUGCUCCUGUGCCGAGGGCAAACCGUGCGACCCCGCAGACCGGCAGUUCAACACGUUGAUCCCGUGGUGUUUGCCGCACACCGGGAAUCGCCACAACCACUGGGCCGGGCUCUACGGCCGCCUGGAGUGGGACGGCUUCUUCAGCACCACCGUCACCAACCCCGAGCCCAUGGGCAAGCAGGGCCGCGUCCUUCACCCCGAGCAGCACCGCGUGGUGAGCGUCCGGGAGUGCGCGCGCUCGCAGGGCUUCCCCGACACCUAUCGGCUCUUUGGGAACAUCCUGGACAAACACCGACAGGUGGGGAACGCGGUGCCGCCGCCCCUCGCCAAAGCCAUCGGCUUGGAGAUCCGUGCCUGCGUCGGAGCCAGGAUGAGGGAGGAGAGCGGAGCCACCGUCGGUAGGGGGGGGAUCCCAUGGGGCUGCGGGGGAUCCCGUGGGGCUGGGAUCCCGUGGGGUUGGGGUUGAUGGACUCCGUGGGGUUGCGAUCCCAUGGGGUUGGGGUGGAUCCCAUGAGGUUGGGGUUGAUGAAUCCCGUUGGGUUGGAAUGGAUCCCAUGGGGUUGGGGUUGAUGGGUCCCAUGGGGUUGGGAUGGAUCCCAUGGGGUUGGGGUUGAUGGAUCCCGUUGGGUUGGGAUGGAUCCCAUGAGGUUGAGGUUGAUGGAUCCCUUGGGGCUGCGGUGGAUCCCAUGGGGUUGGGAUCCCGUUGGGUUGGGAUGGAUCCCUUGGGGUUGGGGUUGAUGGAUCCCAUUGGGUUGGGGUGGAUCCCAUGGGGCUGGGGUUGAUGGAUCCCGUUGGGUUGGAAUGGAUCCCAUGGGGUUGGGGUUGAUGGGUCCCAUGGGGUUGGGAUGGAUCCCAUGAGGUUGGGGUUGAUGGAUCCCAUGGGGCUGCGGUGGAUCUCGUGGGGCUGGGAUCCUGUGGGGUUGGGGUUGAUGGACACCGUGGGGUUGCGAUCCCAUGGGGUUGGGGUGGAUGCCAUGAGGUUGGGGUUGAUGGAUCCCAUGGGGUUGGGGUGGAUCCCGUGGAGUUGGGGCGGAUCCUAUGGGGUUGGGGUUGAUGGAUCCCAUGGGGUUGGGGUGGAUCCCAUGGGGUUGGG